AUGGAGCCACCUGCUGUGGCCCUGGCCAGCCCAAUCUUCAUCCGUGGAAUCGGCCCGCUGCCAACCUUGAUGAAGAACGCGAACAAACCAUGGACAAACCUGACGGCUGCCCUCGACCUCGUGGGCCAACUCAACGUAGCCGAGUACAACGGUGCUGCCGGGGCCUUGAGCCUACUGCCGACAGCCGGCGCUCUUCCCGGCUUUCUCACGCGCCAGAUGUGA